CAUUUUUUUUAUAAAAAAAAUAUGGGUAAGUUCCCUAAACUCAUAUUAAUGAAAUUCGUUCUGCGUCCCUCUCCAUUUCAAUUAAAGAUGACAGAAAAGAUAAACCUUACACACCCACCACAUUUACUUGAUUCUUUUAAAGCACUACUCGGGACACUUAUUGGAGCGCUCACAUGCAUGCAACCAUCUUAUAACACCCGCCAGUUCUGUAACCAUCCUAUGGCAUAAUCCAACCACCGGAAGCCAUGGACUGGUACUCCUGGUUAUCCAAAACUGGCCUCGAGAUCUCACUUGUCUAUAAGUACGCCCUUGCCUUUUCUGGCAACGAGCUCCAAAGAGAGGAUUUACCAUACUUCAACCAUGAGUUCCUUCAGAGCAUGGGCAUCUCCGUUGCCAAACACAGGCUGGUGAUCCUCAAGCUCGCUAGGAAAGAAGUUAGGGAGGCCCCUAAUGGCUUGUCAAAGCUCAUAUUAGCAAUCGUCAAAAGUAGAAAGUGCUUCAACAGGUACGUUAACAAGUUGGUUCACCACGAGACAGCAAAGGCGCUGCCGCUGCCGGCACCGGAGCCGGUUUCGUAUAAAGAUAAGUGGAGAGAAGCAUUGUCGAAGAGGAACAAGGAGAUGAAGAUUGAGCAUCAUCCACUGCAGAAAACCAGGACGAUAGCGAAAUCGGGUCCCUUGGAUUAUAGAGGACAGGAGAAGUUGCUGGUGACUCCUAGGAGCUUGAAAUUAUCAGGGCCACUGGACAGGAAAUUGCAGGAGAGGUUGGUGUUCAGCUAUAAGAGCCCGAUCAUAUCUGGUUCCGUUGAUGUUGCAAUGGCGCAUGAGAGGUUGAUGGUGGCAAAUAGGAGCCCGUGCCCCAAGGUCCAUGGUGAUCACAACAACAAGGACUUGGUUGAACAUACAUUUUGGGAAACACUGUUUCAGGACAUGAAACCUACUUGAUUUACACACAUGUAUAUUUUCCUGUGUGUUUUGGUGUUUGCAAAGGUGAGAGAUUUGGUAAUACACAAGGUUCUUCUACAGUUUUCCUACCAUCAAUAAGCAUGUCAUUGCCCAUUGUUUGAUAAUA